AUGUUCGGUAGAAACGCGUCUACGCAGCCGUCGAAUAACCAACUGGCGGGUGCUUUCGGGGCAAAUCCACCGACACAAACCCCAACACAGUCGCUGUUUAGCACACAGAGCCAGCCGGGCACCCAAACAGCGCUGAGCCAGGCUGGCGGCUGGCCAGCGGCACAACCAGGCCCAAACACGGGCUCAGCGUCAAUGAGUCCUUUCGGGGGCAACGCGAACACAUCAAGCACCUUCGGGUCAAGUCCUUUUGGGAGUGCUUCGUUUUCUGGCGGGUUGCGCCCGGGUGUGACCGGAGCCCCCGGUGCCGCUGCUGGCGGGGGUGCGCUCUCCGGAAGCGGUAGUGCCUGGCAAGCGGGCACCUCAGGGUCACAGCCUCUUGCUCUGGGUGCCGCACCGAGCCAGGGCACUGGUCAGGUGGCUUUUCGGCCAGUACCAAGCUCAGAAACAACGGCACACGGAACCAAACAGGUACUCUUCGAUUCGAUCGUGUUUAUGAGCGGGUUCGAAUCGAAGAGCUUCGAGGAACUCCGUUUCGAAGACUACCAGCUGGGUAACCGGGGGCAAAGCGGCCCUGGAGGUAGUUCAGCACCCAGCGGAACGGGUGGUGGCUCGCUCUUUGGAAACCUUGGCAGUUCCUCCACAACGAACACAGGACUUUUUGGUGCAGCAAAGCCAUCGACCGGUUUGACUGCUCCCAGCGGUCUUUUCCGCAGUGACGCUGGUACCUCAGGAGCCGCUUCCCCGUUUGGUGCAUCGGCGAUCUCGGGAACGACAUUCGGACAACAACAAAACACAUCCGCUGGGAGUACUGGGGGUGCAUUUGGGUCGGCACCCUCAGCUGGUGGUUUCGGGAAUGCAAACGCCACAGGUUCUGGUACGGGAUUCGGUAUCCCUGGACAAAACGCGGGUCAGUCAGGCGGCCUCUUUGGCGGUGGUGUCGGGUCCUCUGCUACGACAUCAUUCGGAUCCAAUCAAGCAGGGAGCGGAACGGGUGCUGGGAAUGCGCCCUUUGGCUCUGGUUUGUUUGGAUCGAACGCAAAUGCCCGACCUUCACCCUUUGCUGGUGCACCUGGAUCAACGACCGGUGCUUUCAGCAGCUUUGGAGCGAGCGCCGGAUCAAAUACAAAUCAGCCAGCGGUAAGUGCAGCACUGGGCACCUCGGGCGCUUUUCCUACGUCAGGCACUGUCGGUGCGCCUGCAAGCGGUGGCCUCGGUUUCGGUGGAUCGCGGCCGCUGGGCACUGGAACAUCAUUCGGUACGCUGAACGCGACCCAGAAUACGAGUAGUCUCAGCAAUACAAUGCCAUCGUUCGGAGGCGGUCUCGGAGGCAACGCGCCCGGGUCGUUUUUCGGCGGAAGCGGCAGCGGAUCCACGCAGUCGGCGGGCCUGGUUGGAGGCGGCGCACCGGGUACGGCAGGCAGCUUCGGUGCUGGUGGCAGUGGUAUUGGAGGCGGUGGUGGUACUGGUGGCCAGCCUGGUCAAGCACCAAGCGCACAGAGCUCGCUUCCGAGAUUUAGUUUGGGCGGAUUUGGUGCAGCGCAAGCGAAUCAGCCAAGUGGACAAUCAACCGGUGCUGGUGCCGCACAGAGCGGCACCAGUACCGGUGGCCUCUUUGGCACAGGGAGCACUACGGUGACUGCAGGCGGAGCGCCCGCGUUUCAGUCAGGAAACGCAAGUACACCUCGUUCGGAGCAAACUGGCAUAUUCGGAGCAGCGAACCAGACGAGUGCGAAGCCGACUGGGGAUUUAUUCCGCUUUGGAGUGUCAUCGAGUGGGUCGAACCUAGGCGGCACACAGCCUGGCGGCGGUGCCUCAACUUCUGGGGGCAUGUUCGGUCUUGGGGGAUCAGCAUUCCGACCCUUGGCGAGCCCAAAUGCGAAUAUGGGUCCUAUGCAGCCGGCUACGAGUACUGGAAUGCCGUCUGGACUAGGUUUUGGCCUCGGUGGUGGUAGUGGCAGUGGUGCGAUGCCUGCCUUCGGUGCUGCCACGAACGCUUCUCCGCAGGGGAUUCCGUUUCAAACGCAGCCUGCAAGCAACGCCAGUAGCGCAUCGCCGUACGGCCCGCUGCCGACACUCUCGGGCGCUGCGGGCAACAUCUCCACUGAUGCGGAGCGAUGGCAAGGGACUCGAGUCACCUCGGAGCCUGUGCUAGAUACCACGCAUGCGUCGCUGCUGGCCCCACUAGCAUCGAUACCAAACGCGCCCGUGACGAGCUAUCGAGUUCGGCCCAGAAGUCAAGUGCGAGCCUUCUCAUACGGAGCCUCCAUUGGUGGCGUCCCGCUCCAUGAGUUGUUUGACCGACCUCGAGCAGUCGCCCGGGGUCGUCCGAAUCAGACGCCAGGCGAUUCCUGGUCGAGCGUAUGGACACCCGGACGCCUGCGCCAGACCGAGAAUGGCAAACCAGAACGAAGCAUCAGGCAGCUGAUCCGCGACGCAGCCGCACAAGGACAAACCGAACCGACAUUGACGCUCGCCGAUAUUACCACGCAGGAAGCAGUGCUGGCGAGCCCGAGCGCAAACCUUCUGGAUCGGGAUGCGUCUCCGGAGCGAACACGUGCCACCAACGUCGACGCUCCUGGUACCGUAACGCCUUCAUUUGCUGCCGACAUGUCACCCAUCGUACCACUGCGCAGUAGCCAGGGUACGGAGAAGCGCUCCGGAAAAGAGUCAGCGGCCACACCAGGCUCCGAGCAGACGCCAGGUGCGCACUUCGAGUACCACGCACAGGGACCGGUGUCGUCAGGAGCCUCAACGUCCGAUCAGGGCGAUCGAUUGCCAGCUUGGGUGCCGCGACUCACGAAACCAGGGUACUAUACGAAACCGCCGCUCGCCGAGCUUCAGUCCCUUGAUGAAGCAGCACUCUCCCAUGUCUCUAACUUUGUACUAGGCCGUCGCCACAUUGCCGAAAUUCGUUUCCUGGAGCCGGUGGAUUUACGCUACGCCAAUCUGGAUCAAAUUGUGCAGAUUGAGCCGCGCACGAUCAUCCUGUACCCGACCCGCGAUACUGACGCGAUGCCGCCGAAAGGCACCCGCACGACUGCUCAGCAGCAGCAGCAGCAGCAACAACAACAACAACAGCCAUCCAGGUCCGAUCGAUGGAGUGGUCUCCCGCCCCCGGGACAGGGCCUGAAUCGAAGGGCGCUCUUGCGUUUUGAGCAGGUGUUCCGUAUGGACAAACGAACCGGAAAGCCAACGAAUGAUCCACAAGCGAUUGAACGAUUUCGGCAACGAUUACAAGAAUACGCGGAGCAGCAGGGCGCACGUUUCGUUAGUUAUGAUGCUGAAACUGGAACCUGGGAGCUGCUUGUUGAGCAGUUUAGCUAG